AUGGGGAUUUGUUUGCAUUCUAAUGUUUGCUGUUGGACAAAGUUUGCAAUUCCAUGUGAAAGGAGACAAGACUAUGAUCAAUCCUUAUUUAACUGGUCAUCGAAGAUAUGUCACCAGAAAAAUCUGGCUUCUGGUGACGAGGUAGGUCAAUUUGAUUCACAGUUCGUGAGUAUAUGGGCUUCUAUAAUCCUUGCAAAUGAUUACCCCUUUGAUUUUUUUGAGGACUGGGAAUUGAGGAAAAAUGACAUUCUGCAAGAAAAAUUGAAAACGAAACUCGGUUUGCAAAAUGGUUUGUUAUGUGAUGGUGAGUUCUUUCGUGUGCAUUGUUUUGCAAGUGUUUUAAAUCUGAUUGUUGAUGAGGCGUUGAACCUAGUUAGUGAUUUUGUGUGUAUUGUGUGUAAAAUUAGAAAGAGCAUCUUGUUUGUGAGGGGUUCAAAGAGUAGAAGGCAAAAAUUUAAAGAGUGUGUUGAAAAUGUUGGUGGUGUUGAUAGUUCUGUUCGCUUGCAUCUGGAUAUGUCUAUGACUGUGAACUCAACUUAUUUGAUGCUUGAAAGUGCUCUUAAAUAUCAGCGUGUGUUUGAAAGUCUUCACUUGUAUGAUGAUAAGUAUGAGUUAUGUCCUUCGGUAGAAGAGUGGAAAUGA